CACAAAUGAAGCAUUGAUUCCAGGCGUGCUGUAGGGUCUGAGCCGUUUCCUGCAGCGCUGAACCUUUUUAGAGUUCUCAUUGUUGUUUGCUGCAAAGUAUUAAAAUGCGAGUGUCUGUCGUUCAGGAUUUCAGGGAAGAUGAAAAUGAGGAUGGGGAGGAAGAAGAAAAGGUCUUCCUCAAGCCUGUUAUUGAGGACAGAAAUAUGGAACUGGCCCGAAAAUGCAGUGAAAUAAUCAGUGACAUACACUAUAAAGAAGAAUUUAAAAAAUCUAAGGGCAAAUGUAUAUUUGUACCUGACACCCCACAGCUAAAACAUGUGAGAAGUCUUGGUGCUUUUAUUUCUGAGGUGAAGUAUAAAGGAGCUGCUAAGAAAGACCUUUCCAACUCGCUCUAUCAGCAGAUGCCAGCCACAAUUGACAGUGUAUUUGCAAAAGAAUUAACGCAACUUCAGAGCAAGGUUCUCUACAAACAAAAACAUGAUGCUGAGAAAGGAACUUCAGAUUAUGCACAUAUGAAGGAGCCUCCAGAUGUUAAGCAUGCCAUGGAAGUCAAUAAAUACCAGAGUGAUGUAUCCUAUAAGAAGGAUGUGCAAGAUACUCAUAGAUACACUGAAGUGCUGAACAGGCCAGACAUAAAGACAGCAACUGAGUUAACAAAGAUAAUAAGUGAUGCUGCGUACAAGAAAGGAAGGGGAGAGAUGAAUAAGGAGCCUGCUGUGCUUGGAAGACCAGAUUUUGAACACGCUAAAGGAGUUUCUAAACUGUUAAGCCAAGUGAAAUACAAAGAGCAGUUCAAUAAGGAAAUGAAGAGCCACCACUACAAUCCUCUUGACAGUGCUUCCUUCAAGCAAGCACAGAUUGCAUCCACCUUGGCAAGUGAUGUGAAUUACAAGAAAGAUUUGGAAAGCCUACAUGAUCCAGCCUCUGACCUACCAAACCUGCUAUAUUUAAACCAUGCUUUAAAUAUCAGCAAAACGCAUAGCGAUGUUAAGUACAAAGAGAAUUAUGAAAAAUCUAAAGGCAGAUCAAUGCUGGAGUUUGUGGAUACACCGAUGUAUCAGGUUUCAAAGGAGGCUCAGAAGAUGCAAAGUGAGAAAAUGUAUCGCAAAGAUUUUGAAGAAGAGAUCAAGGGAAGAGCCUCAAUGGAUUUAGACAAGACCCCAGAGUUCUUGCAUAUAAAAGAAGUCACUAACCUUCUGAAAGAGAAAGAGUAUAGAAAAGAUUUGGAAGAAUGGAUGAAAGGAAAAGGAAUGACAGUGUUUGAAGAUACACCAGAUUUGAUAAGAGUGAAGAACGCAGCUCAGAUACUAAAUGAGAAGCAAUACAAGAAAGACUUGGAAACUGAAAUUAAAGGAAAAGGUAUGCAAGUUGGUCCAGAUACUCCUGAGAUAAGACGAGCCAAGAGAGCUUCUGAAAUUGCAAGCACGAAAGAAUACAAGAAAGACUUGGAGAACGAAAUUAAAGGAAGGGGAAUGGAAGUGGGCAUGGAUACCCCUGAUAUACAACGAGCCAAAAAAGCUUCUGAAAUUGUAAGCCAGAAAGAAUAUAAAAAGGAUCUGGAGACUGAAAUUAUAGGAAAAGGGAUGCAAGUUGGCCCAUAUACUCCUGAAAUACAGCGAGUCAAAAGGGCUUCAGAAAUAGCAAGCCAGAAAAUGUACAAAGAUGAAGCAGAGAAGAUGCUCUGUAACUAUUCUGCUGUCCCAGACACUCCAGAGAUGCAGAGGAUAAAAAGUACUCAGAAAAACAUCAGUUCAGUGUUUUAUAAGAAGGAAGUAGGAGCUGGCACAGCUGUAAAAGAGACUCCAGAGAUUGAAAGAGUAAAGAAAAAUCAACAGAUUAUUAGUUCGAUUAAAUACAAGGAAGAAAUUCAGCAUGCAACAACUAUUUCUGAUCCACCUGAGCUAAGGAGAGUUAAGGAAAACCAGAAGAAUAUCAGCAAUGUUCAGUACAAAGAGCAGCUCUGCAAAGCCACACCUGUGAGUAUCACCCCUGAGAUCGAAAGGGUCAAGAGGAAUCAAGAGAACGUCAGCAUGGUUCACUACAGAGAGCAGCCUGGCAAAGCUACUGCUGUGAGCGUCACUCCCGAGAUAGAGAGAGUCAAGAAGAAUCAAGACAAUAUCAGCUCGGUCAAGUACAGCAGUGAGCAGAGGCAGAUGAAAGGUAGACGUAGUGUGCUUCUAGACACACCUGAGCUAAGACAUGUCAAAGAAACACAAAACAACAUCUCAAUGGUAAAAUACCAUGAAGAUUUUGAGAAGACAAAGGGCAGAGGCUUCACCCCGGUGGUAGAUGAUCCUGUAACAGAGCGUGUGCGGAAAAACACCCAAAUUGUGAGUGAUGCAGCAUAUAAAGGUGUGCAUCCACAUAUCGUUGAAAUGGAUAGAAGACCUGGAAUAAUUGUUGAUCUUAAAGUUUGGCGCACAGAUCCUGGCUCCAUCUUCGACAUUGAUCCUCUGGAGGACAAUAUUCAGUCUAGGAGUCUGCAUAUGCUUUCUGAAAGAGCAAGCCGUUACAGUAAGCAGUAUUUACAUUCUACCAGUUUGGGAGAUUAUAAAUCAGAUGGCUCUGACACGAACCCUACAUUUUCUUACUGCAGUGAGCUAACGAGGCCAUCUGAUGAAGGAGCCCCUGUUCUCCCUGGGGCAUAUCAGCAAAGUCAGUCCCAAGGAUAUGGAUACAUGCACCAGACCAGUAUGUCAUCCAUGAGAUCCAUGCAUUCACAGCCUCAUUCAGCAAGUCUGAGAACAUACAGAGCUAUGUAUGACUACAGUGCUCAAGAUGAAGAUGAAGUUUCCUUCAGGGAUGGUGAUUAUAUCAUCAAUGUGCAACCAAUUGAUGAUGGCUGGAUGUAUGGUACUGUUCAGAGAACUGGGAAAACAGGAAUGCUUCCAGCAAAUUAUAUUGAGUUUGUUAACUAAUUUUUGUCUCUAAGUCCUUUGAGCUUUAUGAUUUACUCAAAAUCUAACCUUUUAGAAAAAGUCAGAGGAAUCUUUUCAGAGUACAUGUUCAUUACUUUAUCACUGCUAUAACAGUCUGCAUUCUCACUCAGAAUCCAAUUUAGAGUCCUUUAAAGUAAAGAAUCAACAAGAAGCUCAGAGCUUUGAAAUGGCAUUGUUUAUAAUAGUGCUCCCUCAAAAU